UUGCAGGUCCGCUGCAUGCUGAACAUCUGGGGGGUGAUGCUCUUCAUCAGAAUGUCCUGGAUUGUCGGUCAAGCUGGAAUCGGGCUGACCAUUGCGAUCAUCCUGAUGGCCACUGUGGUCACGACCAUCACUGGUCUGUCGACCUCUGCCAUAGCAACCAACGGCCUCGUACGAGGAGGGGGGGCGUACUACCUGAUCUCCAGGAGUCUCGGGCCAGAGUUUGGAGGGUCCAUCGGUCUCAUCUUCGCCUUCGCCAACGCCGUGGCUGUGGCCAUGUACGUGGUUGGCUUCGCUGAGACAGUUGUCGAGAUGCUCAAUGAUGUUGAUGCUCUGAUGACGGAUGAACUGAACGAUAUUCGUAUCGUCGGGACUCUGACCGUCAUCCUGCUGCUGGGGAUCUCUGUGGCUGGGAUGGAGUGGGAGGCAAAGGCUCAGAUCCUCCUCCUGGUCAUUCUGCUGGGAGCCAUCGCCAACUACUUCAUAGGAAGCUUCAUUCCGAUAGAAAACAAGGAGCCUAAAGGAUUCUUCGGCUACAAUGCGGCCAUCUUCAUCGAGAACCUGGGUCCAGACUUUAGAGAUGAGGAGACGUUCUUCUCUGUGUUUGCCAUCUUCUUCCCAGCAGCCACUGGGAUCCUGGCUGGAGCCAACAUCUCUGGAGACCUCACAGACCCUCAGACAGCGAUCCCUAAAGGAACCUUGCUCGCCAUCCUGGUCACAGGACUCACCUACGUGGCUGUCGCUCUCUCUGCAGGAUCCUGCAUCGUGAGAGAUGCAACUGGCGACCACAACGACACGGUGAGCGACACGGUGAACUGCACCGACGCCGCCUGCACACUGGGCUACGACUUCUCCAUCUGCAAAGAGGGCGGCUGCCAGUACGGCCUGAUGAACGACUUCCAG